AUGUUCGUGAAUGAAAUUUGUUAAUUGAUAAUUAGACCACCAAAAAGCACAUAUUCAACACGGCUUUUAGGUAUUAUAUUAAGCUUAAUUAGGUCCUGAAUUGUCGAUUAUUUAAGGAGUUCCAGUUACUAGAGAGGAUUUUGAAUUUACAUCUAGAUAAUUAAAACUUUAAGCUAGCUAUUUUAUAACAUAAUAGAUACAUCAUCGAUGUUUAAUUUAUCUACAUGGGAAUUCAAGUUGUAGAUUUGAAGGAAUGCAGUAACUUGAGAGAAUUUUAAGUAUUGGAGUUAAUCUAUGUGUAUUUGAUUUUGCAGGAUGUGGUUUAUCAGAAGGAUAAUAUGUUACCAUGGGUUUUUAUGAAAAAGAAGAUGUUAAAGAAUUAAUGAACUAUAUUGAAUGGCGUUUUGGAAAAGUUGAUGAAUUUAUUUUAUGGGGAAGAAGCAUGGGAGCUGUGACUGCACUUAUGUUAUCUUAAGAACCUCGAAUUACAACUUAUAUUGCUGAUAGUGCUUUUACAAAUUUAAUAACUGUUAUAGAAGGAUUAGCAAAAUAAUUUUUAGGAUACUUCUCAUUCCUUUUCUAAGCUUCAAUUUCUUAGAUAAGAAAAAAAAUAAUUGAUGAGGCAUAAUUUGAUAUUAACCAUGUAUCUCCUAUUAAUCAUGUUAGUAUUUAAAGCUAUAGCAAGCGAUUUUAUUUUAUUCAUGGAAUAAAUGAUAACUUAAUUGAUUCAGGACAUUCACAGCGACUCUAUGAAAGAUGUAAAUCUUAUAAAAUACUUGAGUUUUGUGAUGGAGGCCAUAAUUCUAAAAGAAAUAAAGACAUUUUAGAUAAUAUUACUUAAUUCAUAAAUCUCUCAAGAUUCGAUUUAUAAUUAAAUGUUGAUUAUACCAAAAAGUGUUCAAAAUACUUCAAAGUAUCUCAAAGUUUCUUAAACAAUUAUAAAAUAGAGUAAUUAGAAUAAACAGAAAAAAUAAAAAAUUAUCUAAAAUAAAAAGAAAUAAAAAAGCUUUAAUAAUAAUAAUAAUAAUAAUAAUUAACAAACUUUUAAAAUUUAGAACGACGAUAUUUUCAAUGA